GCGAGUUGAUCAGAUUUAGGACUAUAUUUCUGGGGGAAACACCACAGUCUCUGCAACCCUGCAUUCUAAUAUAGUAGCCAUAUGACCUCAUCCUCCCCUGCCUUUAUUUUUUCAUUUGUUUUAUCCUGUACAUCUUUUAGGCUUUUGGUUUGAUAUAAAACCCCCUCCCCCUUUUUUAAUUUUUUAAAGAAAUUCAAGAUCCUAGUAUCCAAAGCUACUUAAAAAAAACGAACUUCAGUGCUUCAUAUCAAAUUUUAACUAUUAUUCUCACAAGGGUAUAUAUAUAUUUUUUUGCCUGCGAUACACCAAUUUGUAUUGUUUUGUAAUUCUAAUUAGAUUGUAGUCCCAUGUGAGGUUUGCGUAUAAUGAGGGGUUUUUUUUUUUGAGUGACAUGAGCAUCACAGGUGGUAUGCUGUUGUGUGUGAGUUCAAACCCUUUUCCAAAGUGUUACUAAUGGUAAAGAGAAAUUUUCUAGGCUUCUUUUCUGCCGGUUGAAGUCUGACUGCAGAAGGACCCUUGGCACUGAAAGUGGGGCAAAACGCCGGAUCCCAAGAUGCAGGUCAGGACCUACAUGGACGUGAUGAAGGAGCAGCAGCUCUCCAAAGAGGAGAGAGAAAUCAGGCUGCAAAUGGUAGAAAAGGCAAAGUCAGGGGACCUGAAAGCGGUGAAUGGCUCCGCCGCGUCUCAAGCUGCCGCUCCCAAGCGCAAGCGCCGCUGGGACCAGACUGCUGACCAAACACCAAACGCCACACCCAAAAAAGUGUCCAGCUGGGAUCAGGCAGAUUCUGCCAUAGACACACCAGGACACACCCCUUCUAACAGUCGCUGGGACGAGACACCUGGUCGUCCUAAGGGUAGUGAGACGCCAGGAGCAACCCCCAGCACCCGCAUGUGGGAGCCCACCCCCAGUCACACCCCUGCAGGGGCUGCCACCCCCGGCCGAGGGGACACUCCUGGCCAUGCCACGCCUGGCCAUGGCGGCGCCACUUCCAGUGUGCGCAAGAAUCGCUGGGAUGAGACACCAAAGACAGAGAGGGAGACCCCUGGUCACGGCAGUGGUUGGGCUGAAACCCCUCGCACAGACAGGGGGGAUGAGUCUGUGGGUGAGACUCCGACACCCGCCAGUAAGCGAAAGUCCCGGUGGGACGAGACUCCUGCCAGUCAGGUGGGCUCCUCUACUCCUCUGCUUACCCCUGGAAAGACCCCUAUCGGCACCCCUGCUAUGAACAUGGCCACUCCUACUCCAGGUCAUCUGAUGAGUAUGACCCCUGAGCAACUGCAGGCUUGGCGCUGGGAAAGGGAGAUUGAUGAAAGGAACCGUCCUUUGACUGAUGAGGAGCUGGACGCCAUGUUCCCUGAAGGCUACAAGGUGCUGCCCCCACCAGCAGGCUACGUGCCCAUCCGCACGCCUGCCCGCAAGUUGACCGCCACGCCAACUCCCAUCGGCGGCAUGACUGGCUUCCAUAUGCAGACUGAGGACCGGUCCAUGAAACAGAUGAAUGACCAGCCGUCGGGCAAUCUGCCCUUCCUCAAACCAGACGACAUCCAGUACUUUGACAAACUUCUUGUGGAGGUGGACGAGUCCACCCUGAGCCCCGAGGAGCAGAAGGAGCGCAAGAUCAUGAAGCUGCUUCUGAAGAUCAAGAAUGGCACCCCUCCCAUGAGGAAGGCAGCCCUAAGGCAGAUUACAGACAAAGCCCGGGAGUUUGGCGCCGGCCCCCUCUUCAACCAGAUCCUGCCCCUGCUCAUGUCUCCUACUCUGGAAGACCAAGAACGCCACUUGUUGGUGAAGGUCAUCGAUCGCAUCCUGUACAAGCUGGAUGACUUGGUUCGACCCUAUGUCCACAAGAUCCUUGUGGUGAUUGAGCCCUUACUUAUAGAUGAGGAUUACUAUGCUAGAGUGGAGGGCAGAGAGAUCAUCUCCAACUUGGCAAAGGCUGCGGGUCUGGCCACCAUGAUCUCCACAAUGAGGCCGGACAUUGACAACAUGGACGAGUAUGUGAGAAACACGACUGCUCGCGCCUUUGCCGUGGUGGCGUCUGCCUUGGGCAUCCCAUCACUCCUGCCUUUCCUCAAGGCCGUGUGCAAAAGCAAGAAGUCCUGGCAGGCUCGCCACACGGGCAUCAAGAUCGUGCAGCAGAUCGCCAUCCUCAUGGGCUGUGCCAUCCUACCCCAUCUCCGCAGCUUGGUGGAGAUUAUUGAACACGGUCUUGUGGACGAGCAGCAGAAGGUGCGAACCAUCAGCGCUUUGGCUAUUGCUGCUCUUGCCGAGGCCGCCACACCCUACGGUAUCGAGUCCUUUGACUCUGUGCUUAAGCCCCUUUGGAAGGGCAUCAGGCAACACAGAGGCAAGGGUCUGGCUGCUUUCUUGAAAGCCAUUGGAUACUUGAUUCCUCUCAUGGAUGCCGAGUACGCCAACUACUACACAAGGGAGGUGAUGCUCAUCCUCAUCAGAGAGUUCCAGUCUCCAGACGAGGAGAUGAAGAAGAUCGUGUUGAAGGUGGUGAAACAGUGCUGUGGCACAGAUGGUGUGGAGGCCAACUACAUCAAAACCGAGAUCCUGCCCCCUUUCUUUAAGCACUUCUGGCAACACCGUAUGGCCUUAGAUAGGCGUAAUUACAGACAGUUAGUGGACACUACAGUAGAGCUGGCCAACAAAGUCGGGGCAGCGGAGAUCAUUUCGCGUAUCGUGGACGACUUGAAGGACGAAGCCGAACAGUACCGAAAGAUGGUGAUGGAGACCAUCGAGAAGAUCAUGGGCAACCUGGGCGCAGCCGACAUCGACCACAAGCUGGAGGAGCAGCUUAUCGACGGCAUCUUGUACGCCUUCCAAGAGCAGACCACGGAGGACUCUGUGAUGCUGAAUGGCUUCGGCACAGUGGUGAACGCUCUGGGCAAGCGGGUCAAGCCCUACCUGCCCCAGAUCUGCGGUACCGUCCUGUGGCGUCUCAACAAUAAAUCUGCCAAAGUCCGUCAGCAGGCUGCUGACCUCAUCUCCCGCACAGCUGUGGUCAUGAAGACCUGUCAGGAGGAAAAACUAAUGGGCCAUUUGGGUGUAGUACUGUACGAAUACCUGGGAGAAGAGUACCCUGAAGUGCUUGGAAGCAUCCUUGGAGCCCUAAAAGCUAUUGUUAACGUGAUUGGUAUGCACAAGAUGACGCCACCCAUCAAAGAUUUGCUUCCUCGAUUGACACCAAUCCUGAAGAACAGGCAUGAGAAGGUGCAAGAGAACUGCAUUGAUUUAGUGGGCAGAAUUGCUGACAGGGGUGCAGAGUAUGUCUCUGCCAGGGAGUGGAUGCGAAUCUGUUUUGAGCUCCUGGAGUUGCUAAAAGCUCAUAAGAAGGCAAUCCGGCGAGCCACCGUCAACACGUUUGGUUAUAUUGCCAAGGCCAUCGGGCCUCAUGAUGUACUUGCAACACUGCUCAACAACUUGAAGGUGCAGGAGCGGCAGAACCGCGUGUGCACGACGGUAGCUAUAGCCAUUGUGGCGGAGACGUGCUCGCCCUUCACUGUGCUUCCGGCGCUGAUGAACGAGUACCGCGUGCCAGAGCUCAACGUUCAAAAUGGUGUCCUCAAGUCCCUCUCCUUCCUGUUUGAAUAUAUUGGUGAAAUGGGCAAGGACUACAUCUAUGCCGUCACCCCGUUAUUAGAAGACGCUCUGAUGGACAGAGACCUCGUGCACAGGCAGACCGCCAGCGCCGUAGUGCAGCACAUGUCCUUAGGUGUGUAUGGGUUUGGCUGCGAGGAUUCCCUGAACCACUUGCUUAACUACGUUUGGCCCAACGUCUUCGAGACGUCGCCACACGUCAUCCAAGCUGUAAUGGGAGCCCUCGAGGGGCUCCGCGUGGCUAUUGGACCAUGCCGCAUGUUGCAGUACUGCCUGCAGGGUUUGUUUCAUCCAGCGCGUAAAGUGCGUGAUGUCUACUGGAAGAUUUAUAACUCCAUCUAUAUUGGCUCCCAGGAUGCCCUGAUUGCACACUAUCCCCUUGUCUACAAUGAUGAGAAGAACCCUUACGUUCGUUAUGAGCUGGAUUACUUCCUGUGAAUACAUGUACACCUUUUCAUGUGCACUCUAUAACCCUGUCAUUGUGUCCUAGCAGCCAUGUUUAUAGGGCUUGGUUUGUUUUAUUUUUUUUAGUUCUGUUGGUUUGCAGCUGCCCUACAUGCUGUGAUCAGAAAAUAAUUUUUAAUUAAAUAAAAAGGAAAAAAAAGCAGAAAGUGUUAUGUACUUGGAUAUUUGUUUUUAAAAAUGCCUCAAUAAUGGCAGUGAAAUGUAGUGGCAGAUUUGCUAAGUACUGUUAAGUCUGUAGCAGCAAAGUCUCAACAUGCCUUCUGAAGUGAUUUUUUUUUAUUUUAUUUUUUUUUCCUCUUUUCUUCUGAUCUGUCAGCUAUGUCUUUGCUCAUCAGCCACUUGUCUGUUAUUGGGAUGUUGCUUAGUUUGGCUCAAUAAACACUUGUGUAUUAAAAGUCAAAAGUGGUGGCUCA